UCAGCCGUGAAACAGUGAUUCUGUUCAAAUUCCCUUUAAAGGAACCGUGUGUAGGAUUGUGGCCUAAACUGGUACUGCAGUCACUAUAAAAAUACUGCAGAGCGGUGUAUCCCCUCCCCCUCCCCCCUGACUCGAGGUUGCCAGAUAAGCUGCAGGAUUCAGCAGAAACGUAGGCUGCUUCAUCGAGCUUCCAAUGGCAGGUGACGAACAGACGUACACACCUGAUUUAGACCUCAGUUAUGAGGUGCCCGCUGUCCUAAGUGAGGCUGAUGAGAGCUGGGAAGGCGAGAGGAGGCGCAGACAAAGGAAAAGAAGAGCAAAGGGGAGAGGGACAAGAGUAGAGCGUGCAGGUCUUGGUCCAGGAGACAAAGAGCAGAGAGAAGGAGAGAAUUUAGAGGGAGGAGAUGGACCAGGUGGAAGAGGCCAGAGAGCUGGAAGAGAGAGUGCAGAUGUUUCAGGUGGAAAAGGAGAGAGUGUGGGCCCUGCACCAGGUGACAGAGGCCAGAGAGGUGGAAGAGGCCAGAGAGGUGGAAGAGGUCAGAGAGGUGGAAGAGGAGAUAAUGCAGGUCCAAGUACUGGAGUUGGCAGCAGAGGAAGGAAAGGGAAAGGAGGCAGAGAUGCAGAGGAAGAGAACAGAGUUCAGAUGAUCCAAAUUGACCGAAGGGUCUGGACAGAGGUUUGUUUCCAGAAUAUGCUAGCUACACAAUUGAUAGAUUCUAGUAAAAUUAUGGCUUGUGAUAAGUAGCCACCAUUUGAAUCAAUGUUAGCAUCUUUGUUAUUUUUAAUCAAAUGUAAAUAACACAUUUUCUAUUAUGGUUUGUUUACUUAGGCACUCAUUCAGGGCAUGAGUGAAGUGAGGCUACGAGCACUAGCAACCCAGGUCUUCUCCCGGAAUCCUGGAUUAGUUUUUGAUGCACUUCCUCAAUUGGACAGCACAACCCCACCUAACGCUGCUCUUCCAUGGUGCACCUGUGGGAACUGCAGGGAAAUGGCCACAGACGCUGAAAGGAAAUGCUGUGGCCAGGGGCCUGACUACUGCAUCAGCAAAUUGGCACAUUUUGAUCUGUAUUGUCUGGAAGAUGGUUAUUUGCGUAUUCACAGAGAUUACAGAAAUGAUAUGUUGGUGGUAGCUGAAGUUAUAGAGCCAGGAGAUGAUAACAGACAAUUUAGGUAUGCUGCUUAUCGUCAAUACAUCUUUUGGCAGCAUGGGUCACUGGGUCUGGGUAACCGUCGUGUUAUUCCCAGCUGCUGUAUAUGGAAAAUAAGGGACAAAUACCCUGACCCCCAAGGCCAGUACACUGGCUUUGUACCCAGCAU